CAGAGAAUCAGUAACACUCUGUGCUUCAUAAUUCAGAGCCAAACCAGACUCAGAGCACGUACCAGCAUCACAUCACCCUGCGAAAGCACCUGUCUCAGUGCUGCGACUCAGGACGUGCAGCCGCAGGAGAAACCAGCGCCCAUCGCUCGGGCUUCCACCUUGGGCUGAAGCUGCUGCCCUGGCCCGGGCUGACGAGAAUGGUUCCGAGGCCACCGCGAAGUAAAACGGGAGCACUGCAGCUCAUAAUUAACAUCAUCAUUUGCAAAUGCAAUGGAAGAGGGCAAGAUUGAAGACGUCCAGGGUUUUCUACGACUUAAUGUGCGAGGAUGUUUAUACACAGCCAGGCGUGAGUCUUUAUGCCGCUUUAAGGAUUCAAUGCUAGCUUCUAUGUUUAGUGGACGCUUUCCUCUAAAAGUGGAUGAAUCAGGAGCAUGUCUAAUUGAUCGAGAUGGAAGCCUGUUUAAAUAUCUUUUGGAUUAUCUUCAUGGAGAAGUUCGGAUUCCUGAAGAUGAACAAAUUCGAAUUGCACUGCAGGAGGAAGCAGACUAUUUUGGCAUCCCUUAUCCAUACAGUCUGUCUGACCAUUUAGCUAAUGAAAUGGAGACGUAUUCUUUAAGGUCAAAUAUAGAGCUUAAAAAGGCUUUGUUAGAUUUCUGUGAUUCUUAUGAUUUAGUUUGUACCAAGCCUACAGUUUGGGUCCUGCACUAUCUGAACACUUCUGGAGCAAGCUGUGAAAGUAAAAUUAUUGGUGUGUAUGCCACAAGAGCUGAUGGGACUGAUGCAAUUAAUAAGGAGCUAGGAACGAAAAUUCAUAGUAAAAGCAUUUACAAAAGAGAAGCUGGAAAUAACGUCCAAUACAUCUGGAGCUAUUACUCAGUAGCUGAGUUGAAAAAGAUGAUGGAUGCUUUUGAUGCCUGGGAAGGGAGAGGUGUCAGCUAUUGGAGAGUGCCUCAGGAGCUGAUUGAAUGUUGGACUCUUGAAGAACGCCCUUUGAAAGGCAGUUUGCAUCGUAUGCCUCCAGUUCAUAAAAGACGAUUAAUCGACUUUCCUGAGGAGGAAGACUAUUUACCGAGUAAAGUGGGUCCCAAGCCAAUUAGAUUCGCAGGUCCCUCAACAAGUACCCAUAUCAAAGUCAAGAAUUCAGCUGCAUUAAAGGUAGCUGCUUGCAAUGCUUCACAUUCUGCAGUGACUCUUAAACGACCCAGUAGUGAAAGUUUGACACUGCACAAAGUAGCUUCUGAAACUGUAUCCACAACAUGCGCAUCGGUCCCCAGCAAUUCCCAGGCGCCCUGUGGAAGGCAGAGUGCUGACAAUGGGACCCCAUGUCAAAUGAUGUUCAAGAUUGCAGGGUCUAGGAAGCCUGCAAGCAACCGUGUAGUAAAGCUGAAGCGAACUCCUCUUUUUCUUGUGACACCAUCUCAGCCAUCUUCUUCUGUAUCUAGUCAAACAAGUGAACAGGAUGGUGCUGCUGUUGAAAUUCCUACUACUUCUAUGGUACUAAACAAGAAAGAACCAGCUGUAAUAGCAGAGGGUAUUAAGCUUAAGAAUGAUAAAGCGGAUGGAUAAUGUUUGACUCAGCCUGAUAGACUGGAUAGCUUUACAUUAGCUGGUUAAAGAAGAGAUCAUAAUCUCAUGUGGUCAUUUAUUCAAAGAUUUGGUAGAAAAUGAUUAUGAAAAAGUUCCUAAAGAGCAUAGGGAGAAAUUGUUUUAAGUGAGCACUGAAGUGCUCUAAAUAUUCUUAGAUGUUGGGAAGGGAGGAAGAAAAAUGGAUUAAAAAAAUCCCCUCAAACACAGAGCAUGUGCAGUCUAAUGUUACAGUAUGUCAUAUUUGUAUUUCUGUCAGGGUGUACUAGUACAACUGACCUUUUUAAAGGAAGUACUUGCACAGCAUAAAAGACAACCUCUUUAUCAACUUUAACUACAGUUAACGUUAACUAGAGUUAAUUUCCUUAUUUUGUAUCUUUAAAGUGGGGGAAAAUAGAUAACAAUAAGUAGCUUUUAUUAGAUACAAGUUUGCCCCAAGUGCGCAACAUACUGAGUAUUGUGAAGAUUACGCAAGUUGAAUGCACUUACUGGUACUUCUGGUGAGGGUAAGUCACCAUUUUGUUAUUAACAGCAAUGAAAGGGACUGGCUUUGCUUGUAUGCAGUGAGAAAAUUCAGAGCAACAGGAAGGGAAGAAGCAUGCCUAGGGAGUAACAAGGCAGUUUUUUCCAUAGACCUGAGACAUACACGUACCACUUUCCUAACAUGGUGUGAUUUGCCACUGGGGUGAGGCUGCUGCAGGCAGCUGGUGGAGCCUUGGCAUUUUGUAUCGCACCAUUGUGGGGAGUGUUUUCUGCAGCUGCAGGGAACCUCACAGGCCUGAGUUACAGCUGGCCUUCCUGUGUCCUUCUGCAUGUCCUUUCAAACGUGGAGGGGACACCCUCAACUUCUGUGCAGCAAAGCAGUGUUAACAGAGGUGCCCUGGUUUGAAGAUAAAAGAACUGCUCCUUCCCCCAGAGCAGGAUAGAGACCUUCUUGUACCAGGGUAAAUUUUGAAUAAUGAUACCAAAGUGUACAGCUGCUGUAUAUUUCUAUCAGCAGAGGAAAGCUGGAUUUGCCUCACUGAUUUUAAAAAGCCCUUUUAGUUGUUUAAAUCAGUGAACGAAACCUGGCUUUGUCUUGUGCUCUUGCUUGCUUACAGUUGGGUGCUGGGUUUUUUUGUUGGUUUUGCUACUGCUUUUGCUUUUCCAGCACAGUAAAUACAGCUGGCCCUAAGCGUUGAGAAGUUCUAUCACAUUGCCAAAAUGCAAUGUUCUUAAAAUUCCUGAGACUAUUAGAAUUACAGAAGGGUUCUUGAAAUGUUUAAUUUUCUAGGUCAUUUAGAAGUGAUCACAUUUUCAGGCUUUUCUCCUAACCACAAGGACUUGAAACAUGAUUUGCACAAGUAAAAAAAUACCAAACUUUCACGUACUAAUAUUUUUAAGGAGACACUUUGCCAUGAACAGUAGUCACUGUAAAGGUGUGCAGUACUGUAAUUUUCUGCUAUUGGUGUGUAUACUGAAGACCAGCUUACCUUUAGAAUCUUUAAGCUAGUGGUUUUUCUUAAAAAAUAAACCUGAAAAGGAACAAUCCCAAGGCUCUUCCUAUCCCAACAAAAAAAGUUUCACUGAGCAAAGAACAAGGCAAAAAUUAUGGAAAGAUACUAACAUAAUGUUAUCUCCUAUUCUUUGAGCAUGUAAUUGAUCAUUGACACUAAGUUUGUGAAAUUAGUUUUUCAUAAUAAUCAGACUGAAAAACAGUUCUUAAUACUUCUCUUCUGUGUGACUUCUGCUUCACUAUUUAUUGAAUAGCUGAGCGCUUUACCACGCACCUUUAAAUCUUUUUACAAUGCUUCCUAAAGCACAUUUCCUUCCUCUUCAACUUCUAAUGAAUUUAGAAUGCUUCUAUAAACAUAGAAUCAUUUAGGUUGGAAAAGACCCUUAAGAUCAUUGAGUCCAACCAGCACUAAAGCUCACAAAAAGUAUGUUAUUUUGCAUGUGUACAAGAAAAAAGCUUUGAGAAUAGUCCUGCGGGACCUUCUGAGUUUGCACUAGCUCAGUGGUUACUUAAUUAUUCUGGUAGCACUGUAUUUUUUGAGUAAUGUUCAUGUCUUUUGCAUUACAGUAGCUUUAAUGAGUCUUCUCUUUGUCCUAGACAUACUGGCUUGUGGUUAAAAGGAAAAAAAAAAAACCCAGCCAAAAAAGAACUCCCUUGAAUUUCAGUAGAUGAAACAGGAAAGUGGCUGUGGUGGAAACGCAGAGCAAGAUUAAUUAUUUUUUGAAGGACUUGAUUUUAUUUAUUUAUUUUUAAUUGGAUGAGGUGCAAACAUCCAUGGCCUUAUAACUUAUCUGAGUAGGCACUUCCCGUGUGCUUUUCUAUACCUGUGAAUCUUGCCGUUUCUCUUAACUGAUGGACUGAUACUAAACAGUUUUACAAUAGCCGAAUAGUGUUAACCUUCAUGGUGACUUUCACUAUAAAAAUAGCUUUGCCCUUAUCUACGCAAAGCCUUUUAAAAUGUGGAAGUAAAAUAGAAUUUCAUGUUCUCUCUGGGAGGCCAGUAGCUGAAAACAAAUGAAACUUGCCAGUCCAAGGACAAGUUAUCCCUUAACCUGGCUAACAGACUGUGUUUUUUGAGGCCCGGAACAAGGAGUAGAAACUCUGCAAGUCUGAGUUUCCUGCAGGUUGAAACUUCCUCAAAACUCUGUGUUCCCAAGUUUCUUGAAAAGUCUGCAGUUUUCUUAACAUUUCACUUGUCUAACUCAAUUAAUGAAGUACCAGCUGGUACUGUGUUUGCACUGAUAAACUGUUGCUACACCAUAUGUACGUACUGGAUAGUUUGGGGAAACUACUAAAAGUGAACUACAGUUUUAUAGCUGGGAUGAGAUGCAUUGUCAAGUGGUGUGACAAUGGUUUACUUUGAAUCUUUGUAAAACAAUUCAUUAUAGAAGAGACCAUGUUCAGAAAGUUACUCCAAUUUAGUAAUCUGCUGAUUACUAGUAUCUAAUAGCUGCACUCUAAAGGCUGACAUAUGUAUUGCCAGUGUAGUUUGAUGCAUUAAAUUUUUUCUCACAAAUGCUGUCAAUUUUCCAAUGAGUCGUUUAGUUCUCACUUUCACACUACUCUCUUUCCAAACCAUCAAUGAUACGGCAUCAUACGGGUUAAGGAGACAAUACAAUUCCAAGUGAAAUUUCUAGAAAAUUACUCCUCUGUGAUUACACAUGGGCUUGUGAUGCAGAGGGCCCAUUAUCCCCAAGAUGUGAUUCAAAUAGCUAUAAUUCUAUCUGUAUGCUUCAGAGCAUGGAGAACUCAUUUGUACUUGAUGUAAGCAAGCAGACAUUAUUUCACGAUAGGCUCAUGUUACCACUGAUCCUCAGGGGGAGUUUUUGUCAGACUUGGUUUUAGCUGAAGAGCCAUGGAAAUACCAAAGCUACCUCUUUUUUUCUUUCAAACUGUUCCAGUUACUUCCCUACCAGCUCUUCCAGAGCAGAAAAGUACUCUUUUAAACUGGCUUACAUUAAAUUGCUUAGAUAAUAAACAUUACGUAGUUCAAAUCUGACUAUAGCUAAAAAGAAAUAUUAACAUUACCCAGGAGUAAACAGAUUUCAUCUACUUGGUUCUUCCCAAUCCAUGAAGGACAAAUUCUCACCUGAUAAAAACAGGAGGCCAGUUGUGCCAUCAAAAACUUGGGAGUGAAGCUGCCUGUCCCUUAGCUGCAGUUAUAAACGCAAAGUGUGGUUAUAAGUAAAACUCUGUAAAUACUCUGCUGUAUUAAAGCCCCACAAAAAUCUAGAUUCAUUUUGGGCAACAGCUUUUAAUGAAAGAUGUUAAGCAGUAGAAACAGGUAAGGCUGAUGUUACAGACCUCUGCUGCCUUCUGAGCUUUUUGAGCAUCUAUUCUUACAGAAUAUUCUUCUUGCAAAAAAAUCUGGCUGUUUAUACCAGAAUUGAUUGCUCUUGGCUGAAAAUUACUUUGCAAAUUCAUGGGGUCAAGUGAUCAGCUGUGUAGCAUGCCCAGAGUUUGCAUCAAGGAUUUGGCCCUUUUCAAAGUUGCCUCUUUUCUUUAUAGAUACCUUUUCACUCAUUCUAGUCUCUGGUACAACAUACAUGAGCAUUUUAGAACAGUUUGGUUUAGUAGUUUGCCAUAAUAAAAUAGCUGUAUCGUCUCAAAUUCCUGGCAAAUUUCUAUUAUAUGCUCACAAGGGUAGUUGGCAGUGGUACUGGAACUUGAGACCUCUGAUCCCGUGGUGCCCCUGCUGUAGUCACAAGUAUAUGAACAGGAAGAAUGUAGCUGAUUUAUAAAAUCUUGAUGCAGCCCAGUCACUACACGGGGAAGCAGACUCACAGUAAGAAUGGCCAUUCAUACAAACUCAGACCAGGUGUUCCCCUACAACAGCAGGGUCCAGGAAAGCACUACAAGAUCAAUGUUUCCCUUCCAGAAUUAUUAGUGUCUGCUUCAGGGUGACAUUUUCAAACACAUGAAGUGAUUUUUUUUUUUUUUAACCUUUUUUUCCAAACAUGCCUAAAUAGUAUAAGUUUUCCAAAUAGCUUGGCUGUGUUAAGUUACCUUCUCUUUUUAGUUUUCCAACUGCGUAUUUGGUCCUUUAUCUUGCUGUGUUUAAUCUUACACAGAAGAUAAAUAGAUCCAACCUGCUUUAAAAUAUUGCCCUUCAAGGUGUUUUUCCACUUUUGAAAUAGUGUACAAAAUGCAGUGGGAAUCCCAUGUUUGUGUUUGAGUGGUGCCAAACAGCUGUAUCUGCUUCGCAAAUUGAGGGCACUUUUUUAAAAAAAGACGUCUGGCCUGAAAGUCAAGCCUUGUCCUGCCCUUAAUUCCCUCACUGCUGUACAAAUCCCUUAUAUUAAAAGGAGUCUCACAUGUGGCUAGCUCUGUAAUUAGAAGAUAUAAAAAGAGUUCUGUUGAAGAUGGGCCCAAGAGCAUCCAAUUAAUUACAAGUAUUGUGAACAGUAAAACACUCCUAGAAAUGGGCAGAUAGAACUCCAAGCAUACAGAGACACAAGAAAUGAAAGAUGAAGAGAUACUGUUCUGACACAGCUACACUUCAGAGCACAGCCACGUAAUAUAGUUAAAACCUGUAUUGCAAUACUAAACCACACUCAGUGUGCUAAGACUGCAGCGUUCCCAGGACCAGCCCACUCCCCAGCCCAACCAAAUCCAUUUUGCAUCUCUCACCAAAGAAAAUGUUUGCAUCACAGCCUGAAGAGAAGUGCCGUCUCUCACCUGUCAGUCCUGGGUCUGUCACAUACUGAGUCUCCAGUACAUCAAAGGUUAGCUGGUACUGAAGAGCGCAAGGUGGUCCUGUUGUGCUGAGUUAUGACUUACGUUACAGAUUUUAUUUAUUUGCAGAAGCCUGCGUGUGAGAAGCUGAUUUACGGAAUAAAGUAACUUUAAAUAAUCCUGUCAAGUGGAGAAGCUAUAAGGAAGGGGUAAACAUCAUUAUAGAUAAGUUAGAUUUUCUUUUUUUUUUCAGGAGGGGUUACAAGAGACAUAAAUAAAUUUCACAAAUUACGUAAGGACAAUAUAAUAAGAUUCCUGUGUAAUAUCUGCAUGGAAAUUGCAAUUACAUCUCUUAUGGUGAGGUUACAGGUCAAACUGUAAGGCAGCAGAUAAAUUUUGAAAAGCUACCUAUCUGAUGGGUGUGCACAACACAGAUUCUGGAAUUUCAGUUCCGUUUACUCAAAACAUUCAGCUUAAAAGCAUGACAGGUAAUCAACUAGGAUAGAAGCAGUGCUUGCAAUGCUAAGAAAGCCAGUGUUUACCUAUGCAUGUUUAUUUUUCUUUCACCACUCUUCCAGAUGAAGAUGAGUUAUUUGCCUCUUAGAAUCUGGUUUUACCAAUAUUCACAUGUGGAAAACUGUAUACAGAUAUCAAGAGAAAUAAAAAUAAUCAAAAUCA